CAGCUUUCUGUUCAGAUUUCUUUCUGAAUGCUAACUGAAAGUAUUACAUCUACAGUAAAUGAACAUUUAUUGAGGAAGUGAAGCACAGAGAGCCUCAAAAAAGGCUGCUAGAAGCAGAAGAAUGUGGCCCAAAAGUCAUAUAUUGCUCCUAUACUGCAUUGCAAGUGAAGUUUGGAUAACAAAGCAGCUUGAUUCUAGAAGAAACGUCCCCCAAGGACUAUCCUCUGUUGAAGAUGGUGGUUCAGCAAAGUGGAGCAGGCUAAAAAGGAGUCUAUAUCAGGGAAGGUCCUGCAAGGUACGAGGCUGCUGCACAGGAAGAAAUGAUGAGUGCAGCUUUAAUAUUGUCUCCAGAGCAGCUGUAUGUUACUGUGACCAGUUCUGUGCCUCAGAAUUUCCUGGCCCUGUAGACUGUUGUGCUGACUACUGGGAUGUCUGUGACCACCGUGUUGUGCCCACCAGGUCAGAUGAGCCUUGGCCACCUCCAACAUCAGGUUGUUAUAAAGAUGGCCGAUAUUACGGAGAAGGAACAAUAAUUAAAGACAACUGCAAUUCCUGCAAAUGCUUCCAAAGUCUCUGGAAGUGUUCAAAAGAAAUAUGCCUUGUUCGCCAAGACUUAAUCCAGCACAUCAAUUCUGGAGAUUAUGGAUGGAAAGCUGACAACUACAGCCAGUUCUGGGGAAUGACAGUGGAAGAAGGUUUCAAAAAGCGCCUGGGCACCUUCCCUCCAUCUCAUUCCUUGCUGAAUAUGAGAGAAGCUCCAGGAAAUUCACUACCAGAAGAAAAAUUUCCUGCAUUUUUUUUAGCCACUUAUGCAUGGCCUGAUUGGAUUCAUGAUCCUCUGGAUCAACGAAACUGUGGAGCAUCCUGGGCUUUUUCAACUGCAAGUGUUGCAGCAGAUAGAAUAGCAAUUCACUCCCAGGGUCAGAUCACAGACAACCUUUCUGCUCAGAAUCUCAUCUCUUGUGAUACCAGGAACCAACAUGGAUGCAAUGGUGGAAGUAUCGAUGGUGCCUGGAGAUAUCUGAAAACACAUGGGGUUGUAUCCUAUGCUUGUUAUCCAUCAUUUUGGAACAGUCACCUGGGGUCAUCAGGUGAAAAUCACUGUUAUGUGUCAAGUGAAUAUGGGAAAAACUACACAAAUGGCCCAUGUCCCAAUGCGUUAGAAGAAUCCAAUCGGCUCUACCGGUGUGCCUCUCACUACAGGGUCUCCUCAAAAGAAACUGAUAUAAUGAAAGAAAUCAUGGACAAAGGACCAGUGCAAGCUAUAAUGAAAGUGUAUGAAGAUUUUUUCCUUUACAAAGAAGGAAUCUACAGACACUCCCAGAAAGCAGGAUCUAAAUGGAAAACUCAUUCAGUCAAAGUCCUUGGCUUUCUUAGGGAAAGGAAAUAUUUAAAAAAAAAAAAAAGGAAAGAAAAAGGAAAAGUUCCUUCUCCUCAGGGAAACAAAAGAUGAAGCAAUUUGUUGAUGGUGUAAAGAUGCCAAAGUCUGUCCAGCCUAGAGGUAACACAUUGGCUUAAAUAUCUACAGUUCUAGUUUGAAUAUAUCUCUUUUCAAAGUUAGGCACAGUGAAGUAAAGCAACCUUCAUUAACAUUUUCAGCCUGUUCAGACAAAACUUUUCUCAGGUUGAACAUUAGGAAAAAGUUCUUUCCUGUAAUGGUGGUGAGAUGCUGGAAUAGGUUGCCCACGGAGGUUGUGGAUGCCCCAUCCCUGGAGGUGUUCAAGGCCAGGUUGCAUAAGGCUUCGAUCAACCUGGUGUCCCUGCCCAUCCAGGGGGGUUGGAACUAAAUUAUCUUUAAGGUCCCUUUCAACCCUAGCCAUUCUAUGAUUCUGAUUCCUCUGCAUCCCUUCAGUACCAGUGACUACAAUGUCUGAUCCAUACCUUCACUCAAAAAGCUGUAUCUUCUGAUCCCUUAAUACUGAAAAAUUAAGAAAGGCCCCAAAAGCUGAAGUCUUUGGCUACACUCAAAUCUAUGGACUGUUACCUUAAGGCUUGGAGAGGACAAGAAUAGUUUUAUUAAAAACUUUAGAUACUAUUUAAUGAAAAACAGAUUUACAGAUGUUUGGGAGGAUCUCAGGAUGACAAAAGACUUUCAUAAGAGGGCAUUUAGAGGUGUACCUUAAAUGGAAACACAUUUCCCCUCUAUUUUUAUCAAUGAUUCACUGGAAGCUUUAAAUUCAAUACUGCAGCAGAUUAAAUGGCAUUGAAACAUCUAUGCCCUGAAAAAAGCAUUAGUUGAAUGUUUCUCAACACAAAAAGGCAUACUAAUGGAGAUAAAAUUGACAUGUGAGGCAAAAACUCGUGUUUGAGAGUUGAGGGGAUAGUCAGGCAGAGCAACAGCAUUCUAAGAUUUAAUGCCCAAUUAAAUGACUCACCAGUGCAAAUUCCAAAGUCUUAAAAUAGAUAUCAGUGACUACUGUUAGUGACAUCUCAGGUUUUGCCUUUGAAGACAUUGUUUUUCCCUUCAUUUUCCUCUUCGCUUUUCCUCACUGCAGCAUAGACUCAAAAAAAACCCAAGUAGCAUCUUUAACCUCCAAAAGUCAUGACUCAGAUUAUUUUUUCCUGACUAAAGAAACCUUGGGUUGAAUUCCCUUUUACUUUCAUGGGAAAAAAAGAAAAUAUACUUUAUUGUUGUCAGACAAUCAACAUCAGAUAUUAAACAUUACAGAGCAAUAUCCUAAAAAAUAUUUUACAGCAAAAAGAAAUACAUUAGAAGAUCAUGGUGGAAAGAAUCACAAUGUCGAAUGAUUUGUGUAGUUAAAUCCAUGAUACUGUCUCCCAUAUAAUUGAUGAUGUGGGGAUAAUUUAACUGUUGACACUGGCAAUUUGCUUUUAACAGCAUUUUACCUACCUCCUGAAAGUAAGCAUGGUACAGUCUAGUUUCUGGUCUCCUACAAAACACCUCAGUGCUGGACCCACUACUAAUGACCUUUUUUUGUUGUAUUAGGCUGCAUUUCUUGCAUUCUUUUGCUAUUUUAUUCAAGAAUAUUUAAGUAUCAAUGACCAUGGGGUUUUUUGGAACUUUUUUUUAUACUUCUCUUGUGAAGUCCACCUUCAUUGUAUUGAUACAAAUUCUUGAAAAAGAAACUAGGGAAUGUUCAAACAAAACCAGUUUUCAUUCUGUGGAAGAAUACUGAAAUAAUCUCCAUAUUCUAGUUUUUCAACUCUCAAGCAGUGUAUGCCUGCAGGGCCUGCUCCUACAAAGUUAAUAUAAAGGGAAAGUUAUUAUCAAAAAGGACAGCUACGGUGCCUCUACUAUAUAAAACUGGUCACAGAACUAUGAAAAUCACUUUAUGCAAGCAUGCAAGUAUUCAUCCUUUUAUCUGAAAGAGUGUAAGAAUUCUCUUUACAGCCAGCUGGAUCUGGUUUCCCUUGAGUAAAUGGAAAUACUUUGCUUACUUUUUCACUGGAAGGGGACUGAAUGCAGCUUAAUGAAAUUACUUCUUUUUAUUCAAGGUUAGUUUUGAUUGAAUAUCAUGAUGGUUCAUUUUGGAACAGCAAAGUGAUUUAUUUCUUAUACAGUAUUUUUGCCAGUCAGAAGAAAACUCCCUUUUAGUUUUACUUUUAGUAAUUUAGUAAUUUUCAAUAAUUGAUAGGCAGACCUUCUCCUUAAUAAUUCCUUAAAAUCUCUUCUUUUUCUUCUUAAUAAAAAUAGAAAAUUUGGAGAAGGUAAGGCUGAAAACUUUUCCUAAAAAAAGAUGGUGUGUUUAUUAGUGGUCUAAAGCAUAAAAAUAACCCUAAUAGAUUCCCUCUCUGUGUGAGUAAUGAGGUCCAGUACCUGUUGCUUUUGAAAUGUCAUUCAUUUGGAGUAAAUAUCAAGCUGGAAUACUCACAAAAACAAGAGACAAAAAAGUGCUAUUAGAUUAUUUUGGUCAUCUUCCGGAAAAUGUAAUACUCUUCUUUAAUGGAUGUUGUCCAAGAAUGUAACAACUCACUUUUAAGUCUCCAUAAUUUCCAUCUGGGGACUAAUUGCACUGGAAGUUAAAUGACUUCAUCCUUGGGAUGUUUCUUCUUGAUGUUUUUUUUGGUUGGUUGGUUUUAUGUUGGGUUUUUUUUUUCCUGGACUUCUUACCCCUGUUCUGUCGAUGGAGUAAUACAUGACACUUAAUUUUCUCCUUCUGCUUGGCCUUUGAUCCCUACAUACAUUUAGGUUGUCAGUGUCUAUGUAUUUUGACCUCUUAUUUUCUCAACUUGUCACAUAAAUACCUAGAAUAAUAGAAUAGUUUUGGUUGGAAAAGGCCCUUAAGAUCGUCAAAUCCAGCUUUUAACCUAGCACACUGACAAGCCCACCACUAAACCAUGUCCCUAAGCCACCAGGGACAGACACACAACCACUUCCCUGAGGAGCCUGUUACAACUCAUGAUACCCCUUUCAGUGAAGAAAUUUUUCCUAAUAUCCAACCUAAAUUUCCCCUGGCACAACCUGAGAUCAUUUCCUCUUGUCCAUUCACUUGUCACCAGGGAGAAGAGACCAACUCCCACCUCGCUACAUCCUCAUUUCAGGUAGUUUUAGAGAGCAGCAAGGUCUCUCCUCAGCCUCCUUUUCUCCAAACUGAACAAUCCCAGUUCCCUCACACACUCCUCAUAAGACCUGUUCUCCAGACCCUUCACCAGCUUCAUUACACUUCUCUAGACAUACUCUGGCACCUCAAUGUCUUCCUUGUAGUGAGGGGCCCAAAACUGAACACAGUACUCAAGGUGUGUCCUCACCGAUGCACAGUACAGGGGGACAAUCACUGCCAUAGUCUUGCUGGCCACACUAUUGCUCAUACAAGCCAGGAUGCUGUUGGCCUUCUUGGCCACCUGGGCACACUGCUGGCCCAUAAUCAGCUGGCUACGGACCAAUAACCUCAGGACCUUUUCCUCUGGGCAGCUUCCCAGCCACUAUUCCCCUGCCUGUAGUGUUGCAUGGGGUGUCUUUUUAAGCUUGACAUUUCCUCUGAAUUUAUCUUCAGAUUGCUAAAUGCUAUCUGAUGAUUUUAACAAGUUUCUCUAAGUCAGUCUUUGUUCAUAUUUCAAGGAGUAUUACUUCCAGCAGCAAGUACAACAGCAGUUAAAAUUCAAACUGAAUUUUACAUUAUAUUUCUUUAGAAUUCAGAAAAUUCACGCUCAGAUACCUGGUUUAGCAGCAGAAAGGAUAUUUAGGGAUUUAUUUUAUCUAAGAAGUCUAAACUUAAAUUAAGCUUAAAGUGGAAGGUGUGCUUGGAUGCCGUAACAUAUUGAUAGGUGCAACUAAGGGAUAAAAUGCAGAAUGAAUUUACUACAUCAAUAAGGCUGAAAUCACAGAAGCUACUGAAGUGUAACUAUGUAGGCAGGAAAGGUGAAAAAGAUAAAUUGCAAAGAACAAAUGUAAUACCUAUGCUGGGAAAUCUAAGUCAGAAAAUUGAGUAAUCCAUUUUAGAAGAUAUGUCCCCCUUUCCUAGAGAUACUACUACAGAACAUUUUCCACUUUAGUUUUGUUGAAAGAAUUCCUUCCUCUUUAGAAGGUACAUUAGUAUGAAUGAGCCAGAAAAUUCCCAGAAAUGCUGUUGAUGGAGCUGGCAUUCAUUCCCAAGGGCAAGAUAUCAAAUCAAACUGGCAUUAGGCUAUAAACAUGUGUCACUGAAAAAUGUAUGUAGAGCAUGGUUCACAAAACAACAGCUGUUUCCAUUAAAGCUCAGUCCUUUUUCAGAUGGCGAGAAGCACGUUAGCCUGGCAUAAAUGAGAUCUGGUGAAUCUCAGAUGUGCUUUGGAAUAAACCUAAACAAACUGUGCCAGUACCUGAAAGGGGGCUUAUAAGAAGGCUGGGGAAGAGCUGUUCAUUAGGGCAGGUAAGAAUAGAACAAGGGGUAAUGGUUUCAAGCUACAGCAGGGUAGAUUAAUGUUGGAUGUUAAGAAACAGUUAUUUAAUAUGAGGGUGGUGGAUCACUGGAAGAGGUUGCCUGGAAUCUUGGUGGGGUCCCCAUCCCUGGAGACAUUCAAGGUAAGGCUUGAUGGGGCUCUGAGCAACCUGACCUAGAGUGAGAUGUCCCUGCUUAUUGCAGGGGGGUUGGACUAGAUGACCUUUAGACAUCCUUCCAACCCGAGACAUUCUAUGAUCCUAUGUUUUAGGAAAGGCUUGGUAAACAGGCCUGGGAACUCAUGACAGAAUUGCUGCCAGAGAAGAUCAGCAUCUAUGGAGAUGACACUCUCUUACACCUUUCCUGCUAAGUCCUGCUCCUGAUUCAUGCACUAAUCCCAAGACUGAUUUUGAUCAGUAAACAGUAAAUCAACCUUAAUAUUUGCUCUUCAGACUUCAACCAUAAAAAAAAUUGGAAAAAUCACUUGUCUCAUCACAAUCUAUUAAUACACUUAAUCUACAUAGAUUACAAAAUGUAAUAAUUCAUAGAACUUUUGACUGAGACUGGAAUGUAUUUGGUCCAACUUUCUGCAACCCAAAUUGGCAGGGCCAUCUUGGAUUAAGUGACUUUGACUGACUGUGGUACUGAUUAUGUCCAAUUAUGGCAAAGGAAAAGGAUAUAAUUAAGAUUAGAAGAGAUCUCUGAAGAUCAUCUAGUUUAAUCUCCCAGCUUGAAGGAGAACCACCUUCAUAGUUAAGGUUCAUGGGGCUUCUCAGGUUGAGUUUAGGAUAUCUCUGAAUACAAGCUCGCACAGACUCUUCCAUAAACUUUCAAGCCAGUAGUGCCUAGCCAUUCUUGUCAUAAAGUAUGUUUUUUUCUUAUAUUCAAUUGCAAUUUCCAUUGCAGAAAACUGUGACUGUUAUCUUCUGACCAUUUGCUGUGCAUAUACCAGUAGAGUCUGCUCUAUGAUCUCAUACCCGUACUUUGUAAAGCCAUGGACAACAAAAAGUUUUCCCCUGAGCCACCUCUCCUGAGAGCUGAACAAAGGAAGCAUCCUCAGCCUCUCCCUGUACACCAGGUGCUCCAGAUCCCAAAUAUCCCAGUGGACUCCUGCUGGUCUUGUUCAAGUCUGUUAAUGUCUCUCCUGUAUGGGGAAAACAAAAACUAGACUAGUGCUCAGGACGCAGAACAGCAGUUCCUGAAUAAAGGAGAUUAGUAGUUUUUCUUGACCUGCUAGUCGUAUUCUUGUACACUUUAAUGUAGUUUAAUUUAGAGUGUUUGGAUGAGUGCCCAAGAGCAUGAACUACUGAGUAAGCAACUCUUGCUUUCUAAACUGUAAGAUAAAAUCCAUAUGUUAAGGACCUCGGUUUGUAUCUGACUAUGAUGGAACAAAACCUAGGAAAUUAAAUUAAUGGAUAUGUUAUAGUCAAGGAUUAAAAUGAUAAUUUAAAAUUUUGGUUGCUAAGUUUUCUUCCAUUUAGAAAAAUUUCUGAGAUUCAAUAGAUUCCUGUCCUUGUAUGAAACAAGAAAUUUACUGAUGUUUUUUUCUUAGAAAAUAACAAGUGUUAGAAACAUACUGAAUCACAGAAAUGUGAAUCUGCAGUAACUGAUCAUCACCCUGCUCAAACAAGUGGGAGAGAUAAUGUGUAGUGCUGAAUGGAGGAAUACAUGAAUGUAAAUUCAAGGCAUUUUUCCUCUGUCUUUAAGACAGAUGUAAAUAUUGGACUUUCAUACUGUGGCUGAUGUGGGGUUACUUAGUGAAAUGGUCACAAGGAAAGAAGGAAAACUCAAUCUGAUAUGAAAUCAGAUAGCCUACCAUAUAUUUUUUAGAAAAUCUAUGGUCAUGGUAAACUGUAUCUGAAAUAUAUUUGGCAAAGAUUAUUAAUAAUCCCUGAAAUUUCACAUGGCAAUUGACAGAAAAGCAUUAUGAGGACUUUCUAAAAAAUGGUUAUAUUCAAUGGUUAUAAUGACCAUUAAUGUUUUUUUGUUUCCUUGCAUUUAAUGAGCAAAAGCUACAAUUUGUACUGGCAACUAAUCCAGACUUCACCUGUCUGCAAGUCACCAAUUUGUCUUGCUUUUUUUUUUUCCCUUGGCUGGAAGUGCAGGUAUUCCACUUACAUUAGGAUUCACUGUUAACCAGGGACAGCUAGUGCCACUGUGGCUGUUCAAAUUGUUCUACAAAACAUGACACAACCAUUCUAAUUUCCCUAUUUGCAGUGUGGGUUUUCUCAUCGUGUUUUUGCUGCUUGCCUUUCAAAGUGAAUGGAGAGCUGCAGAUACAGGUCAAGCACAUGGCGUUUGUGGCAUAUAAACCGAUAAACACCCUGUCAAUGGCAUCCUGUAUAUUCUAGAGCUAACUUUAUACCGUGAAAACACCUGUAGAAGUUAACAUCUUUGAUUUUCUAUUCAUUUUUUCCCUUUUACAGACAUCUGAUCACCACGACCUGUGAAUAGCAUUCCUUUUAUAAAUGCAAAAUGAGCCAGAGCCCUUUGAGCAAUCAAUAGGGAUACCAGGAUUGCAUAGCUACCUGAGGUGUGAGGUGCGGCUUUUGCCCACUGAACUCCUUAGAAAUACUUUUGCCCCACGUAUGUACAAAGCGAGGCUUAACAACUCUGAGCUCUGUGCUGUUCAGCUGCAACUGCACGUUUAUGAAAGUCCUGUCACUUGGCAGGUGGGGACAAUCUCUCGUAUGGCUUCAUGGAUAUUGCCACAACAUUUAGUAUGUCCUCAAAGAUGUCAAAGAAACAUCAAGUAAGUUUACAGGUUAUCCUCCACACUGUGCAGUGAAACAGAUUAAGCUGUCAGUAAUUUAAUUUGCACAGAGAAAAGCUGAAACCAUUUUCAGUCCCAACUCACCAGCUAUUUUUGAAAAGAUGUUGAAAUAAAUCUUAAAAAAAAAUGUUCCUAGGGAUCUUCAGCUGAAUUGAAGAAAUAUGUUCACUUUAAUUUCAAUACUCCUACACAGUUCAGUUCUGUUCAGUUCAGCUGGCAAACUCUCCAGAGGAGAGUGUCUGUCAAUGAAAACAGGUUUUGCAAUGACAAACUAAAACUACACUUGCAUAAACUUUUUGUAGUCCCUAAUGGCAGUCUGGUUUUCGGCUAGCAGGAUACUUCUCUUACUUUUCAUCAUUGUGAGAGUUCAUUAUUUAAAUGUGGAGACGUCUAUCAGUUGUGCUUUGUUCUGGUACUGAAUUUAGGACAACUAGCUAAGACAAGGUUUGUUUCUAGUUGCUUGGUUAAAGGUACAAAAUACGAACAUAUGCAUCAAAUAUCUCACU